UCUUAUUUCACACAAUACCGAACCCCGUCGCAACGCUCUCUCCCCCCAAACCCUAACCUAACCCUAACCCUAAUCCUCUCCUCCUCUCCCUCUCGCAGCCGUAGCCGCGCUACGCCCAACCCUCAUCUCUCCGGAUCCGAUUCCACGUCGAAUCGGAUAUCGCAGUCAUCUUGCAGUGCAGGUCGGAUACAAUUACGGUAUUUUAAUUUGCAUCACCUGGAAUUUGUCUCCAAAAGCAUCAGCCGUCGUCCUUCGGAAUGGAUACUUGUGCGAGGCGUCUGCUGAUCGCAUAUUCAUCAGAGAUCCUCAAUGGAGAGCCUGUACUCGUCUCGUCUAAUUGCCUUCCUGUGAAGGCUUUCAAUUUUGAGCCGGCAGGCCAUGCGUUCCAUUCUGCCGCACUUAAGAUUCUUGGAUUAGGGGAAGAAGAAGAAGAAGAUACUGAAACGGAUGAUCAGAGUGUAUCAUCAGAUGACAGAAGUCAAGCUUAUACUGCUUAUUCAGAUUCCUACACCAGCAAAGGCAAAAAGAAAUCCACCUCUGGAAGCAAAGAACAAGACCAUUAUGCGCUGUUAGGUUUAGGGCAUCUGCGGUUCUUAGCCACCGAUGAACAAAUACGGAAGAGUUAUCGAGAAAUGGCCUUAAAGCAUCAUCCUGACAAGCAAGGCGCUCUUAUUCUUGCCGAAGAAACAGAGGAGGCGAAACAAGCAAAGAAAGAUGAGAUUGAAAGCCAUUUCAAAGCCAUCCAAGAAGCUUAUGAGGUUUUAAUAGAUCCUGUCAAGAGAAGGAUAUAUGAUUCCACAGAUGAAUUUGAUGAUGAUAUCCCCACUGACUGUGCCCCACAAGACUUCUUCAAGGUUUUCGGCCUAGCUUUUAUGAGAAAUGGGAGGUGGUCAGCGAAUCAGCCCAUCCCUAAUUUAGGGGACGAUAAUACCCCGUUGGAGGAAGUGGAUAAGUUUUAUAACUUUUGGUAUACUUUCAAGAGUUGGAGAGAGUUCCCUCACGCGGAUGAGUAUGAUUUGGAGCAAGCAGAGUCUCGGGACCAUAAGAGGUGGAUGGAGAGGCAGAAUGUAAAAUUACAAGAGAAGGCGAGAAAGAGUGAAUAUGCGCGAAUUAGGACUCUCGUUGAUAAUGCUUAUAAGAAGGAUCCAAGAAUACUUAGGAGGAAAGAAGAGGAAAAGGCGGAGAAGAAGAAGAAAAAGGAGGCUAAGUAUCUUGCGAGGAAGUUGCAGGAGGAGGAAGCAGCGAGAGCCGCAGAGGAGGAGAGGCGGAGAAAAGAGGAAGAAGAGAAGAGAGCAGCAGAAGCUUCUCUUAAUCAGAAGAAGCUGAAGGAGAAGGAGAAGAAGCUUUUACGAAAAGAAAGGACUCGUUUGAGGUCACUUACCGCGUCGAUUGUUUCAAAGAAUGAGCUUGGCCUAUCAGACAAUGAUGUAGAAACUCUGUGCAUGUCUCUCGAGAUGGAACAACUUAAGCAAUUAUGCGAUGAAAUUGAGAAAAAGGAGGGAGAUGGAAGAGCUAGAUUGCUAAAAUCUGCCAUUAACAAAGACAACUUGGAUACUAAAAAACAGGUGAAUGAUUCACAACCAAGCGGGCCCAAAGCUUCGGAUUUAAAAGCCAAUGGGGUGGCGGGAGAAGUAAAGCAGAGUGCUCCUUUAAGCAAUUAUGAGAAGAAAGAGAGGCCGUGGGGAAAGGAAGAGAUUGAGAUGCUAAGGAAAGGCAUGCAAAAGUACCAAAAAGGUACAUCAAGGAGAUGGGAGGUUAUUUCUGAGUACAUCGGCACUUCGAGAUCAGUUGAAGAGAUUCUGAAGGCCACGAAAACUGUUCUCCUCCAAAAGCCUGACUCUGCGAAAGCUUUCGACUCCUUUCUCGAGAAAAGGAAACCGGCGCAAGCCAUCGCUUCUCCUCUUUCGACCAGGGUCGAAACAGAGGGGCUUCCUGCACCUGGGAGUCAGCCGGCUUCUUCAGAAGCUGCUUCUCAGUCAGAAACUAACUCUGCUUCUCAGAAAGCAGAAGCUAGAGAUAUUUUGUCUUCUAAUGGGGCUGCUUCUGGGGCAGAGCAGGAUGCAUGGUCUGAGACUCAAGAGAGAGCUCUUAUUCAGGCAUUGAAAGCAUUCCCGAAGGACGUGAGCCAACGGUGGGAGCGGGUUGCCGCUGCCGUGCCCGGUAAGACGGUAAUUCAGUGCAAGAAGAAGUUUGCUUUGAUGAAGGAGAACUUCAGAAGCAAGAAAAGCACGGAGUGAUGAACAAAUCUUGAAAGUAGGUAAUUUUUUUUGUGCUGGGGAUGAGAGCUAUAAUAAAAGGCUGUUUCUAACUGUAAAAUCUGGGGCAAUGGUUAGACAUUGAGGAACGGCUAACCUCAUAUUGACUAGAGGAAUUUUUGGGUGAGGGCAUUUUGUGAUGAUUCCAUUUUUGAGCAACGGCAUGAAAUGCCGGAUAAGAUCAUUCCGAACAAAUGGCAUUUCACGAAGGAGCAUCGCUUCUCACCGACACCUUUAAGGACAUACUUUUGUUUCUUUGAUUUGACUUAUCUUGCUGAGUGACGGAGAGCGGAGUUGUAAGGACGUACUUUUGUUUCUUCGACUCGAUUUAUCUUGCUGAGUGAAGGAGAGCGGAGUUGUUUACAUAUUGGUGCAUCGAGACUCGUUCUUUUAGUGGCAUCUUCGCAUACUAAGAUGUAUUUAUAUCCAACAUUUGUUGAGAUAUGAGAUUAUCAAUUCAUUGUAGUAUUUGUAGUAAUGUCGUUUUUUGUA